AUGGAACCAGCUCAGGAACGGAAGCCAGUUCAAUCAGCUGUGUAUACAAUAAAAGAUGGACAAAUUGAACUUGCAAGAUUGCAGCAACAACUUACUCGACUUGAAGAGCGUUUUGACAAGUAUUUCUGCCGUUUAGACGAACUAGAGGAGUCUUGCCAACGAAUACAGAAAGAAUUUGAAUCCGCUGAGCAGAUGAUUAAAGAGGAACACGAGUUUCUUCAUGAACAGCUUACGACUAGAAAAACUGAAAAAGAAGCUGCUCCACAGUGUGUAAGAAGAAGUAUCAGGAUUGAAAGAAAAAAGAUUUUGAGGCCUAUUAAAGAGGAAAAGACUGACAUGGCUUAGGCUUCUUCAAGACUUGUAACUAAAAGACGGACAUUGUUUACACUAGAAAUGAUCAAGUGCGACAAUUGUUCAUAUCGCAAGAGAUCUGUUCAAGAGUAACUUUUAGUCCAGUUAUGGAUUAAAUAAAGUUUUAGAUGACAACCAGUGGGUAUUUUUUCCAUGCGAUAUUUCAGAAGUUCAGAAAAACAGUGAAUUUCCAAUGAGUAUCUGGGGUCUACAUGGUUUGUUUUAAGUGGUGUCUUGUCAUUUUCGCGUGUUACAUAAAUAACCCCAAAUAACCCAUGUGAUGAAAUUUUACUUCCUCUCAGCAUAACCCUCGGCAUUUUCUUCAAGUUUCCGUGACACAAUUCGCCAAAAACCAUAAAUACUCCGGAAUGGAGACAGGCACUCUAAGGAAAGGGUCCCUUUCUUUCCCAAUAGGCCUGCAGGAUUCGAACCAUACCAUCUCGACCAAGAGUACAGUGCGUUCAUCAGAAGGCCACAGCUUCUCUUCUGAGAAGGCGUUUUACAUUGAGGAGCCGCAAGCUAGUGUUGUAACAUGCGACGGUUUAGCGAGUUGCCACGUUUUGAUUUUGUUAUGAAAAAGACGCCUUUUGGUUGAAACACUUUUUCUCCUGUACAUUCGUUUCUCCCAAGGUUCUGGCCACUGUUUUUCGCGAAGAAUUACUGGAUGCAAAUUCGCUUACUAACCUAAAAACACGUCUGCAUAUGGGUUCACUGCACGGCGCAAGCUCCUAAAUAGAUAGAAUGAACUCCGUGAUCGUCUGCGUCCAUUUGUUAUUGUUCCAGUGACUAUUUGUAAAGAGAAAAGCUCUUCGCUUUUGACUGAUUAGUGGUUCAGUAAACGGUCACUGUUUUUUAACCCGCCGAAAAAGCGUCAUUUUUUGGCGUUUUUCAGUCGAGCGGAAACAAGAGAGAGGCAGGCGCGAGGUGAGCGCGAAAGGAGAAGGACGAAAAAAUUAUUCGUGGGGAACUUGCAUCUUUCCGCACUGGCACUCACAUCGUGAUUGCUUCUGCCCACCUGAAAACGUAAAAAAUGACGCUUGUUCCACAGGUAACAUACUUGAGUUUAUUUAGAUGGGAGCCAUAAAUUUAUAAAGCUAAGACCAAGUGAAGGUCAACGUAAGAGAAUAGAUUUCUCAUAUUUAACGCCUUAUUUAGUAUAGACAUCCUGCACAUCCCUUUCUAUAGACAAGCAAUCCUAUAUCGUAUAUCUGAACUACGCGAGCAUCAUUCGCAGCCGCUCUAAAUUUUCCUUCCCCACCAUACAAGCUACACGCUAGCCUCGGUAAACCUCUCCUCGACUUGUCUUAAAUCUUCCCCCGGCCUAAUUAUAAUAAGGACCUCUUCGCAUGCUAGGAACACGCCAUAUACAUUCAGUAAGGUUCCCUAGAGACCAGAUACCCUAAGUCGAAAGGCAUCUUGAAAAUUAGUACCCUUUGGAGACAAUGCUGAAUAACUUCCUCCAAACUUCUUUUUUUUUUUAGUGUUAUGUGAAAGUUCGUCAGAUGCUGAUGUUUUUCCAGCUCUGUCACGUUAUGUAAUAAGAUCUAAAUGGGGAGCACUCUCUGAACGUGCUGCACUCCUGUCUGUAGCGAAGAGAUAUAGAAGUCGCCUUCAUGACAUCGCAAAAGCGCGCGCUAUCGUAAAAAAAUACACAUGACUCAAUUGUUUCGUAAGCUUACCAUUACCGCACACCAAAGAUAUCAUAACUCCGAUCUUUUCCAGCUAGGAGAUUCUUACAAAUAUCACAGUGAUAGCAAUGAAGUAUGGUUACGAAAAAAGACCAGCCUUUGCAAUCAAUUUUUCGUUACGGGAGGGUGAAAGUUCAGCCGUAGCAAGACUCCAACGACAGUUCCAUCUUCUUGAGCGCCAAAUGGAGCAACACUUUCGCGACAUGGACGAAGUAGAAAGAUUGUGCAAACUAGCGAAAGAACAGCUAGAUACCUCCAAGCGCAGGAUUACAGAGAAAUAUGAGGGAGUUAGAGAGAAUGCAGAGAGAGAACUACAGAUUAUUGCAGCUAGAAGAAAGAGGGAAGAGGAGAGAAAAGGAGGAAAGCUUGUUAACGCCGCAAUUUCGCAAAGCAUCCAGGAACCGAAUGCUAAGCAUCAAACUAGCGGUAUGAUAUAUGAGUUUUUCAAACUUGCAUGCAGCUUGCUGUUGGACAUUUUGGUUGUGUAUGCAGUGUUCAAAAUUGCAAAGUACUUUUGGACAACAUGGUUGUAA